AUGGCUGCCCCGUUCACCAUCAAUGCUAGGACCGCGGUGGCCGCUACGGCGACAUCUACAUCCACCUCUCGCGUAUACUUCCAAGAUACUCAGAACGGCAUCCGUGAAGUGGUUUACGACAACGAAAAUUGGAACGUAUCCAACGAUGUGUUAUUCUCUGCUAAGCGCUCCACUCCACUUGCUGUUGUCAGCUGGGAUGAGGGAAGACAGGUGAUCCCUUUGAGUACUGUAUUCAGGGGAAAUAUUGACAAAGGGUCCGACUCGGGAUCCAACCUUGCGGCCUUGUCAUUUAAGGACGGGGGCAAAGUCCAUUUGAGAGUUUAUUACCAAGCUCCAGAUCUCAGUCUAAGGGAGCACUGCAAUGAUGGCAACUGGAAUGAGGGCCACUUUAACCCUGGAGUUGCAAUUAAGAGUUCUGCUAUUGCUGCCACUUCUUGGAUUGCCACUGGAACUGGCGUACAGCUUCGUCUGUUCUGGCAAGACAACCAUGGGCUUCUGAGAGGGUAUAGAUGGUCUAGAGGAUGGGAGUCUACCGGAUCUUUAAAUCUUAUGCCAGUUGGUACACACAUUUCGGCGAUCAACUGGGAUACUGGAAACAGUGUCAGAGUGUACUACCAGGCGAACGAUGGCACCAUCACGGAAGAGGUCACUCAUAGCUUGAGAACCACGAUUCUUCAACUCUAG